AUGAGUAUCCGCGGUAUCAAUGCCGAGAUAGACCGAAUCAGACAGCUCUCAGAGCGCGAGUUGAAGGACCAGACACCCGAGCAUGCAUCUUGGCAUGAGAAAUACCACGAUUCAGCUUAUCUCUACAUUGGUAAUCUGGACCGAGGUUUAACAGAGGGAGAUCUCAUCACUGUGUUCAGCCAAUUUGGAGAAAUUCUUGAUGUGAAUCUCGUGAGAGAUAAGGAGACUGGGAAAAGCAAAGGAUUCGGAUUUUUGGCGUAUGAGGAUCAACGGAGUACGCGGUAUGCUAUCGAUAAUAUGAUCGGUUUCAAUCUAGUAGGACGACCCCUGAAGGUUGAUCAUGUUAACUCCUAUAGAGCGCCUAUUGUUGAAGACCCUGAGGGGCGUACGGAUGCUGAGGGCAAUCCUAUAUAUGUGGACUAUAAGGCUACUGGUGCUGAAGGAAAAGGCCGUGGUGUGGUAGGGGUAACGGAGUCGCAGAAAAUGUUGGAUAAAUUGGGGGAAAAUAGAGCUCGAGUGACGGCUAUACGAGAUAAGAAGUGGAUGAUCGAAGACCCCGAACUCACGAAGAGGUAA